AUGGACAAUACAACAACUUUACAAGAACUGCGUUACGAUGCUCAGGUAAUUGUAAUCACAGGAGCAGGAAAUGGCUUAGGGCGAGCAUACGCCCAUUUUUUCGCUUCACGGGGCGCUACCGUGAUUGUCAACGACGUUGGUGUGCUCACGACACCUUCUGGGAGAUGCGAGAAGGCUGCAGACGUGGUUGUUGACGAGAUCAGAAAGCUCGGUGGCAAAGCGCUUGCCAACUACGAUAGCGUCGAAGAUGGUCACAACAUCAUAGAUGCUACGCUCCGAGCGUUCGAUCGAGUCGAUGUUUUGAUCAAUAAUGCGGGUAUUGUAAGAGUUGGAAGCCUUGAGUCAACGACCCAGGCAGAUUGGGAAGCGGUUAUGAACGUUAAUCUCAAUGGAUCAUUCAAGUGUGCUAGAGCGGUCUGGCCCCAUAUGAUCAGGCAGAGAUACGGUCGAAUCAUCAAUACCUCUUCGAUUGCGGGCCUCUUUGGUAUACCUCAUCAGGCCGGCUAUGCCGCUACAAAAGCUGCCCAGAUUGGCAUGUCACAGACGCUCGCGAACGAGGGUUUCAAGCACAACAUACUUGUCAACACCAUCGCUCCUCUUGCGGCAAGCAAGAUGCUUGAACCUUUUCUGCCACCAAACCUGUUAGAAGCUCUCCAAAUGGAUCUCAUUGUGCCUCUGGUCGCUGUACUUGUGCACUCGACCAACGUAGAGGUCACAGGCGCUUUGUUUGAGGCGGGUGGCGGCCAUUUUGCACAAAUCCGACCCGCAGUGAACAACGUUGCGAGAACUGAUUCACCUUCCAUUGGAGUGCGACCGUUUGGGUCAAAGACCGACCAAGUCAACCUGCAGGGGAAGGUCGCAAUCGUUGUCAAUGGAGCUACAAGAACCGGUCGCCAAUGCUGUCUUUACUAUGCUUCUCUUGGCGUCAAAGUUGUUGUUCAUGAUCUGUUCGAUCCGAUCCCUGUCGUGAGAGAGAUUGAACGACUCGGUGGCUGUGCUAUAGGAGUUCAGAGCAGCCUUUUGGACGGAAAAAGCAUCGUCAAAGCUGCUCUAGACGCUUACGGCUGCGUUGACAUCCUCAUCAAUGACGCCACUCUCUCAGAUGAUCUAGGUUCUGUUCCAGGUUCUGAUCCAAUGGCGGAUACAAACUUGAACUCUGCUUUAAAACAUGUCCAAUGCCUAAAAGACAUUGCGAAGGUUCUAUGGCCACACUUUCAUGCGCAGAAGAGUGGCAAAAUUGUUACCAUCACGCAUCCUAGUGAUGUGUUACCAAGAUUGGAUCAGCUGUCACACACUAUGGCUAGGUGGGCGCUAUUAGGACUUUCACGCAGUCUUGCUUGUGAGGGUGCUGAGAACAACAUCAGAGUUGGUGUAGUUAUCCCGAAUGCCGUCAGAAGCCCGCACACGAACGGUGAUAUCUUGGCUUGCAUCACGAGGAUCCUUAGCUGCGAUACCAAUGGCAGCCACAGCAAGAAUUGCGCUCAGGUGUAUGAGAUCAAUGAAACUGGAGCUUGCAAGACCGUUUGGCAACGGUCUGGCGGCUUCCAAUUUCCACUAGGAUCUCAUGCUACGCCAGAAGCGCUUCUGAAGAUGUGGGGGCAGGUUGUUUGUUUCGAUGAUAAUCGUACAGAUUGUCCGGUCGACCAUGACGAAGGGUCUGCAAAAAUCAUGGCACACAUCAGUUCACAACAAUAA